GUUGUAGUCGGACGUGUUGAUCUAUCCAGUGUGGUUUUGAACAAGGUGAAGACCCAGAAUGUUCAGCUUAGCUCAGGAGAGAAUAUCUCAGCUGAUCUAGUUAUUAGUUGUAUCGGACUCCCUUCUAAUGUCGACUCUAUCAAGAUGCUGGUUCCUAGUGCUGACAAUAUUGACAACAACAGGAUCAAGGUAAACCAGUAUUUACAAGUAGACGGGUUGACUAAUGUAUUUGCUCUGGGUGACUGCUGUAACACUGUAGAAAGAAAGAUGGCGGUGUAUGCUGGAAAACAGGCAGAAUGUGUUGUUGCAAACAUUGUUGCUGAAGCAGCAGGAAAACAGAUGACAGUCUGGUCGUUUGGAUUCAAUGGGAUGCUAGUUCCUAUUGGAUCCAAAACUGGAGUAGGAUACAUCAAUGGAUUCCAUCCUCUAGGAUUCAUGGUUCGACAACUCAAAUCUGAAGAUCUGUUUACUAAAAGAUAUUGGGGAGACUUAGGGGUCAAGAUGCCGGCUUAAAAUUGGGUAAAAACAGAGAGAAUCCAAUAUCCAUGGAUCAAGAUUUUUGGAAAAGGUGAAGAACGUCUCGAAAUGUGAAUGUAUGUUUUCUAUAUUGGGAAAAUGAACUUCAGAUCGAAGGAUAUAGAGUUCAAGAGUUUUGGAUUAAUUAUAAUUCAUUCAAAAGUUUAUACUUUACCCAUAUAUUCAUCUACUAAAAAUGUACAAUACCUUCUUCAAACAUCUAAACUUUUUGAUAGCUUUUCUAAAGUCCCAAACUUAUAUGUGUUCACCAAGAAUGGACUUUUUUACUAUUAAGCUAUAGUAAUUUUUUUCAUUUGUCAAAAAAAUUUUCUUAAACAAAUUUUAGCAUUUUUUCUGAUUAAAUUUUUCUUCCUUUAUUGAAUUGUUCAGCUCAGAUAGCCAGAGAACUAUAUCUGAAUCCUUAUAGAAAUUUUCUUCUCAUUUUCUCCCCAUUUGUUUUAAAAUUAAGAAAAGAAGCUUAUAUUUGACAUCAUUUAUUUUAUAAAAUCUACAAAUAAUUUUACAAUAUAUUUGUUUGUAUGUUGUGGUUGCUAACUCGUUGUUUAAAAGCCCGAAAAGAAUGACUGUCGGAAACUCAAAAACAUUUAUGUUUAUAUAAUUCUACUAAACAUUAUAAUACCUCGCUUUAAAGGGAGAGACCGUUUAGGCUAAGUAGUUGAGCUGAGAGUAUUGUAUAGAGGAUUUAUUUGAGACUUUUUUAACUUUUUUACUGAAUCCUUUUCUCUACAAUACUGCAUUACUCUUAGCUCAACUACCAGUACCGUGUUUAGCCGAUUUCUCCCUUUAAACAAUGCAUAAUAUUCACAAGAAUACUCUAUUUUUUUACUACUUUUAAACCAGUUACAAUUAUGUCGUAUUCUAUGUUAUGCUCGUUUAAGGGCAAAUUAAAUGUUAUUGAUCUAAGUUUUGUUCAAUAUUUUAAUAUUUUAUCAACAUUAUUGUGCAUACUAUGAAAAAUGUUGAAAGGUACAAAAUAUGUUGUUGAUCGAAUUGUUCUAGAAUUCUAGAAAUAUCCGAUUUCUCUUCUCUUAUUAGAUUAUAAGUUUUCGUUUCGAUUCAAUCGUAGUUAACUUUAACUUUUCUUAUACCUAUAUAUUUGCUAUCCAGUGUCACAGACAUUAGAUGUUUUAAACUUUGAAUUCUGUCAGAUCAAAUAACCUAAGUUGGAUAUAUGAAAGGUUUACACCAUUAGGUUUCAAAGAUAUAGGAAUUAGAGAACUUGAGUCAGUGGCAAAGACUGAAAGUUAUUUAGAAAUGUUACUCAAAAUUGAUUUCUACUAUAAACGUCAACAAGAAAAAUAUUUAGAUUUGUAUGGAUAUUGGUAAAAUAAAUACAUUAAAGUUUU